GGAUGUACAGCACUAUUUUGCAAUAAUGCAUUAAAAAAAGGAUAUGUUAUGAAAAUAAUCCCGAGUGAUACAGAACGACGAAUGAAAUGGGUAAACAGUAUAAAUAGCAAAUAUAAAAAUUGGACACCGUCCAAAAAUCCAUUUGUAUGUGAGAUACAUUUUGCUCCUGAAAUGUAGGAACAGAGAAUGGAUAAUAAAAAGAAAUUAAAACUAAAUGCAGUUCCAACAAUCUUUGGAUAUUUUCUAGAGAAGAAAGUACCUUUUAAUAAUCAAAAUUUUGGUGUAGUAGAGGAUAAAAGUACGUUUAUUUCUGACGAUUGCAAUGAAGAUCAAAUUAUAGUAAAUGAUAAACAGAUAGCUGUAAAUGAAACCGUUGAAGUUAAUGCAAAGAUAAUCAAUACAUUUCCUAAUACAUCAACAAAAUGUACUUCAAGUACAACAGAAAUCGAUGGAAAAAAAGAAAAGGAUAAAAACAAAAAAUUAGAACAAAUAAAUCGAAAAAUACAAAUCCAUUUAACUCUUAUGCAUAAAAGAAUGAGUGUUUUAAGAUCUAAAAUUCUAAGACUUGAAAAUACAAUUAAUAACGAUAAAUAUAAAAAAGCUUUAAAGGAAGUAUUCAACGAGGGGAUCAAAUUAAAGCUUUAUUAAUAAAAAAACGAAGAACAAGAAAUUGGCUUGAUGAAACUAUUAAACGUGUACUUAGAUUAAGGUUUACUUGUGGUAAUAAUGGUUACGAAGAGCUUCUGCAACAAAGAAUGCCGCUUCCAAGUUUGCGCACUUUACAACGAAGAUUGGAAGAUUUAAAAUUUGAGAGUGGCAUUUCAAAGGAAAUGUUUGACUUUUUACAAUUUAAAGUAUCUUCUUUUCAAAAUGAUACUGAUAGAGAAUGUGGAAUUGUUAUUGAUGAAAUAAGUAUAACACCAAAGCGUGUUCAUGAUUCUUCAACAAAAACAUUACUAGGAAAUAUAACAUUUCCAAAUAAAGAAAUUAUUGCAACGCAUGCUUUAACAUUAAUGUUAACAGGUACAGCUAAUCGAUGGAAACACAUUGUAGGAUAUUUUUAUACAGGAGACUCAUUUGAUGGAGCAGUUUUAAAAGAUAUCAUUUUACAGAUAAUUGAUAAAGCUGAACUAUAAUUAGUCUUCGUGUCAACUAUAUAACUUCUGACAUGGGUCCUGGAAAUAAUAAAUUAUGGAAAUGUUGUGGGAUAAGUGUGGGACGGAAUUUGGACGUUAGAAAUCAUAUUCCUCAUCCUUCUGAUCCUAAUAGAUUGUUAUAUUUCAUCGCAGAUGUA